AUGAGCCUGCAAAAUCCGGUUUUCAUUCCGGGGCCUACAAACAUCCCCGAAAGCCUGCGCAAGGCAUGCGACAUGCCGACGAUCGACCACCGAUCGCCGCUGUUCGGCGAGAUUCUGAAUCCCGCGCGCGAUGGCGUCCGGAAGAUCCUGAAGUCGGCCGACGCCGACAUCUUCAUCUUCCCAUCGACGGGAACGGGCGGCUGGGAGACCGCUCUGACCAACACGCUCAGCCCCGGCGACACGGUGCUGGCGGCCCGCAACGGCAUGUUCAGCCACCGCUGGAUCGACAUGUGCCAGCGCCACGGUCUCAAAGUCGAGAUCGUCGAGACGGCCUGGGGCGAAGGCCUGCCCGCCGAGCGCUAUGCCGACAUCCUCAAGCGCGACAAGAGCCAUUCCAUCAAGGCGGUCCUUGCGACCCACAAUGAGACCGCCACCGGCGUCCGCUCGGACAUCGCCGCGGUCCGCCGGGCGCUCGACGAUGCGGGACAUCCCGCGAUCCUGUUCGUCGAUGGCGUCAGUUCGAUCGCCUCGAUGGACUUCCGGUUCGACGAAUGGGGCGUCGAUGUUGCCGUCGCCGGAUCGCAGAAAGGCUUCAUGCUGCCCGCCGGCCUCGCCAUCGUCGGCUUCAGCGAAAAGGCCAUGGCCGCCACCAAGACGGCCACCCUGCCGCGCACCUUCUUCGACGUCCAUGACAUGGCCCUGAGCUAUGAGAAGAGCGCCUAUCCCUAUACGCCGGCCGUCGGCCUCCUGAACGGCCUGAACCAGGCCUGCGGCAUGCUACUGGCCGAGGGUCUGGACAGCGUCUUUGCGCGCCAUCACCGCAUCGCCGAGGGCGUGCGCGCCGCUGUUGCCGCCUGGGGGCUGAAGCUGUGCGCCGCGACGCCGGACGUCUAUUCGGACACGGUCUCGGCGAUCCGCACGCCGGAGGGUUUCAACGCGACCGACAUCGUCACCCAUGCCGCGCAGACCUACGGGGUCGCGUUCGGCGUCGGCCUUGGCGAGGUCGCCGGCGAGGUGUUCCGGAUCGGCCAUCUCGGCAGCCUGACCGACGUCAUGACGCUGUCAGGCAUUGCCACGGCCGAAAUGUGCAUGGCCGAUCUGGGCCUCGACAUUGAGCUUGGCUCGGGCGUUGCCGCCGCGCAGGACUAUUAUCGCGCCCACCCCCCCGUCACACGAAAGGCCGCCGCCUGA